AUGGCAGUUCAAGGUUUUCUUGUUGCUGCGGUUGUUGUGACAGCGUGUCUUGCCGCCAACUGUGGCAGCACAACCUUCUCUUCUCUUCCGGCUACUCUGAUUGUAUCGGCCUCAACCAAACAAGGACAAGAUUUUCUAGUUGCUGCGGUUGUUGUUACUGCGUGCCUUGCCGCCAACUGUGGCGGCACAACCUUCUCUUCUCUUCCGGCUACUCUGUUUGUAUCGGCCUCAACCCAACAUAGACAAGUUCUCAAAGCUGGAGAAGACAACAUAACAAUAACAUGGUCACUCGACCUGAGCCUCCCAUCCAAAACCGAUUCAGCCUACAAAACCUUAAAAAUCAAGCUCUGUUUUGCGCCAAUUAGCCAACAAGACCGAGGAUGGAGAAAAACCGAGGACGAUUUACGAAAGGACAAAAGUUGCCAACAUAAUGUAAUUACCAAGCUAUACAAUCGAGCCAACAAUAAUUUCACAUGGACUGUCGGGAAAGAUGUGCCGAGCGCGACAUAUUUUAUUAGGGCUUACGUGCUCGACUCUUCUGGUAAAGAGGUGGCCUACGGUCAGACAACUGACGAUCAGAAAAAAAGUAAUUUGUUUGAAAUCCGAGCGAUCUCAGGGCGCCAUGUGUCGGUCGAUGUUGCCUCGGCUUGCUACUCGGGUUUUGCCGUCUUUUCAUUGGUUUGGUUUUUCUACUUGGAGAAGAAGAAGGCUAAUAAUAGGGCCUCUCAGCAGAAUUGAGGUGCUCUUUGCAAUUCAAAGUAGUUUUUAGAGCUUCUAGUUUUAUGUUGAUCAGCACAUUAAUAACUGCAUAAUUUACAUGUUGAUUAUAUAAGUUAGUAAUUUGAUUACAAUUAUUGUCGAAUUCAUAGUAUUAGCUAUGAAUGUUUCAAAAUUUCCUGGCCUUGUUCGACCUGAAACAACAAAA